AUGCCGGUCAUGGACGGCUUGUCGGUGACUCUGCUCACGGAGACUUAUGGGACACCAAGUGUUUGCCAGACCCAUGCAAAUGGGCGGACCAUCCAACAAAUCUAUGCCACGCCGGGAAACCAAUUCCAAGUAUCCGUCGAAAUCGAGGACUAUGUUGCUCGUGCCCCUGAAGACGAUUUCAUCGUCACGAUCGAAUACUACGAUACCCGUCUGAACAGCCAGACUUGGCGCAUACACAAGAAAGCAGCACUGCAAAAGAAACACGUUUUUGAGGCCCUGACAUCCUGGAACGAAGAUGGAGUGCCGCGUGCUUCUCCAUUCAAGAUACCGGCACCAUCUAAGCGUAGCUCAGAUGGCCUUGGACACAAUGCAACGUCUCCCGCGACCCCUACUUCGCCUGGUAUCUUCGUACGGAUCUUUCAGGGAAACAUCGACCAUAAGCCCGCGCAGCCUCGUGGACGGAGGCGAUCACUUAUUCCACCAGCAUAUUCGUGGCCGCUGCUCAAUGCCAAAGUCGUGGCCAUUAUCGACCCCGAACGGCUUCACCCACAGAGCCUGGAAAGGCAAUGGGUGUUCGAGUUUCGAGUUCUGACAGAAGUGGAAAGAGCACCUCAUAUGGGCCAUGUCUCUUCAUUCUUGCAGCUUUCCGGAUACAGGUCCUAUGGCCUUUCGAAUGAAGGAAGCACACAUACGACGGCUCGAGAACCGGUGAAAACAGUCCCCAUUCAACACCGGAACGAUGAUCAACGUCCAACUCGCACGGCUUUCGAGGACGAGUCUAUUCCUGAGAAUUCUGACGCUCCAAGUAUUGCGGAGCAGAUGGUCCUGAAGUCACGUACUACGACCACACCACGUCAUGCUUCACCCCUAGCCAUUGCACACAACUUACACGAGGCACAGCCAAACUUGGUUACAGGGUCUUCAUACCGCGAGCAUUCUACCAUCGAGUCUUCUCCCCAUCGCGCCGAUACGCCACUGCAGGACGAUUUCAUUCCGUUGGACUUGUUGAGGUUCGACGAGCGACCGACACGGAAAGCCAAGCAACAGGGCCUGGAAAGAAUCCGGCACCUGUCGCAGGAUGCCAUUGCUUACGAGAAGGAGAGACGACAAGGGCGUUACGAUGACAUUGAUGCCCGGUAUCGCACAACAUCGGCGGAUCACUAUCGAGAUUGGAAUCCAAGACGUUUGCGGCGCAAGAAGUCGUCCGAUCCCGGCCGUGUGAAGCCUCAGCAAAACGCGUCUCGCGGACGGCGUGGGUUGGAAAUGUUUUAUGGAAGCCUGGAUAAUGAUGAAUUAGAGGAAGAGAUGGACGACGAAAUCGAGGACGAGGGCACCAAAAAUGAGGGUGAGUAUGACGACGAGGACGAGGACGAGAGUCAGGAUGAGGGCAGCGCUCCACGAGUUCAAAUUCCGCAGCACACAUCUGCCGAAGGAGACGCUCUCGAAGGUCAAGAGUGCGAUGAUCCAAUGUCAGGAUCUCGAAGCGACGAGAACGAACAUGAUGAAAUGGGCGAGAGAAAUCUAUUCGGGAGCCCGAUGAGUGUCGAUCGCGGACCGUCAAUCCUGUCCUCCCCACAGGACCAGACACAUACGGAGCUCUUUAGUUCACUUUCAAGUAGCUCUUCUGCUCCACGAGCUCAGAAACGAAAACGACACGCAAACAGUCGGGUUCUACCCUCUAGCGACGAUGAACGCUCGCCCUCACCGAGAAAGCGGUCAGAACCCUUUCUUGACAUCAGCCACAACUAUCUUGCUGCUACCUCAAGCUCGAUAGAUUUUGAGCAUCCCGAGGGUCCAAGCUGCAGCAACCAUUUGUCUCACGAAUACCACCAGGACUGCCAUGACGACGAGGAGGAGCCGCUUCUGAUUAAAGCAGAGACAAGCGAUAUGGAGGAGGAGAAAACGGUAAAACAGCGCAAGAUGGAGCUUCAAGCUCAGGAGUUAGAAUACCGGAAAGAUCCUGUGUCUCUAGCACCGAAGGCAGAGCAUAGUGGCGUGGAGAACGGAGGCAACUCGAAUGAACAUCCAAGCGAGGGUGCAGAAAAUCAGGAAGGAAGUGAAGAGGCCGACCAUACUGCAAACCAGAGCCAUGUCUCAGCCGUCAAUGACGAGCGAUAUUCGCAGGUCAGCCCUCAGUCAGGCCUGGCUGAACAUACAAUACCGGAGACUGGAGUUGAGGCUGUAUAUCCUCCAACUCCAGCCACCUUGCCAGAUGGUGACGUGACUCAAGCGGAGAUUGAGAAACACUCUGACAUCCUUUAUAAGGAGGAUGUGGAGCGGGAUCUGAGGCGACAAAUCCGAGAGAUUGAGCGCAAGGCAAUGCUAUUGGAACUGGAAGAGCUGGAUGUCCGUCGGAAGAGGAUAGAAAUAGAGUCGAAGAAAGUGGUGCUGACAAAGCACCUGUUGGACCUCGAUGACGAAGCUCGCAAUUGA